AUGGUAUUCCCUCUUGCUGAGCAUUCGAUUGAUGCUUUUGAGAUACUUGCAGAUUCGUUCAUUAAGGCCUAUGCUGGAGCAAGAAAGGUUCAGGCCAGAAAGGUGGACAUAUUAAGAAAUUCGCAGGGUGAAUCCGAGCUACUGCGAGAGUUUGUGAUCCGAUUCCGAAAAGAAAGGAUGUUGCUACUGGCGGUUCUAGAUGAGUGGGCAGCAAAGGCAUUCACGAAUGAUCGACAGUUCUCUAGAGGUCGCUUUCUACCAUACGAGAGGACCGAUAGGCGUAGAAACAAAGGGUUUCAGUCAUCGGAUAGGUUUGCUCCCGAUAGAAGAGUCGAUCGUGGUCGGAGCAACAUGUCGUUGCAGGAGAAAGAGGUACCAGGGGCACCAGAUUCUAUAUAUCCUAAGUUAUUAGAUUAUAACUUUAACAUCAACCAGGUAGAGUUGGUAUCGGCAAUGAGAUUUAUCAAAGAAGCGCGGUUCCUGAAGCCCAUCCGAUCAGAUCCUAGCCAGAGGGAUCCCAGUUUAUGGUGUGAAUACCAUGGGACACACGACCAUAGAACUGGGGACUACCGACAUCUUCACAAAGAGGUGGCAACAUUGUUGAAGAGUGGCCAUCUUAGAGAGUUUUUAAGUAACCGAGCUAAGAACAAAUAUGCCCGAAGUCGGGACAAUGCGGAGCCUUCGAAAAUAGCAGAAGGGUUACCCCAGUUUACUAUCAACAUAAUUUUUGGAGGAAACGAAGUCAAUGGUGUAACCUUUUCAGCAGCGAAGAAAAUGAAGAUAUCAGUGACUCAAAACAAGAGACUCCGGGAAAUAGCAGAAGACGAUAUCAUAUUCACGGAGGAGGAAGCUGACAUACUUCUUAUGACACACAAUGACGCUUUGGUAAUCUCUCUCAAUGUUUUAGAUUUAACAUUUAAGCGUGUUUUGGUUGAUCUAGGAAGUUCAGCCAACAUCAUCCAAUGGAGAGUUUUGGAGAGAGCGAAGUUGAUAGGUAUUCCGACGACAAAACUCCUUGCUAGCUUUAACUUGACAAGCGUGACAACCCGAGGAGAGAUUUUGCUGCCCACACACGCCGAAGGAGUAACAAAAAUAACUCUAUUCGAAGUGGUAUAUGGCGAUAUGGGUUACAAUGUAAUCCUCGAAAGGUCGUGGAUACACGCGAUGAAGGUUGUACCCUCAACAUAUCACCAGUUGUUUAAAUUUUCAACGCUGGAAGGAAUCAAGUAG